AGAAAUCUCUAACCACUUUUUUUGCAAAUCAAAAAUUAAGUUUUCUCAAUUUAUAUGGAUAUACAAAAAAUGUAAGAAUGCAUUGACAUGUACAAAGACAUAUGACUGAGGUAUAUGGCAUAUAUGACAUAUGAGGUAUAUGGCUAGACUGUCCUCUUGUUAAACUAUUUAAGCCAUGUACAGCAGAAACCAUCAACCGCUUUUCUAUAAUGAAAACUAACCAAAUCUUUAGUUUGUGCUGCUCCAAACUAAAUAAACUAUCUUAUAAACUAUAUCGUUGUGUUUUGUCCUAUUUCAUCUUAUGUUUUGCCAUCACAUACCAUUUGUUUUACACCAUGAAUAACAUUUUUCUCUUUACAGUACAUCUAAAACUAAUUAUGGUGUCUAUGUAUUUAUGAAGACACUUGUAGAAGUGUUUCAAUGAUAGCUUUAGUAUAAAAGCACAAAUAGCAUGUUGGUAAUUAUGUUAUGUCUAUAUAUAUAAAGACAGCUCUGCUUUCAUCUUAUUUUAACAAAAAUAUUUAGGGUUUUAUUUUUACCGUUAAAAUCAGUGCUUUUGUCUUUGUGUGGAUAUGGAUUACCUUUAUGUAUUUUGUGUGGAUAUUGUUUGCUUAAUUAACUUGACAGUUAUUCCUUAUCUUCAUUUUCCUAGUUCAUAAACAUCAUCAAACCCUUAUAAAUAUUUAAUAACAGCUAUUUUCUUUUUAUGUACGCACACUGUCCACUUUAAACAAAUUAAAUGCAAAAUAAAACAUGUUGAAACAAAACCACAGAACGAAUAAUGUUCAAUUCAGCCUUGAGACAUUUAAAUAAUAGAUAAAUAAAAUAAUAAAUAAUGUAUAAAGUGUAUUUGUCAUAAUCACAAAACCUAGAUGAUUAUCACAUACUAUUUCUUUACGUAUUUGCUAAUAAUUACGUUCACAGUAUUCACCUGCGUAUGUGUACCGACGCAUGGUUUAUCAUACAUGUUCACAAAACCAUGUGUCAGUGAGAGGGGGCUUAAUCCCGCAGCAAAGUCUUUCAGGCAGCAGUGGCUUUGUGUGAGCUCAACCUCUUGUAAGCUUUAGAUAGCAAAUAAAUGACAGUAACCUCUGCCCCCAUAAAUUAUGCAAUUGACCAAUCGUCUAUCCUGAAUCACGGGGGAUUUGAAGGAGGAAACGGUGCCUGGCAGCUGAAAUUCAGGGCGAAUUGUCCGUGAGGCCCACCGUUCUUCUUACCGAUGUGACGUCACACCGCGGCGGCGGCGGCGCCCCCCUCCCUUCCAGUGGCUUCUAGAUGUUUCUGUUAUCGAUUGGUUGUCACGCCAACCACGUACGGAGAACGGGAGCGACGCAGCCAAUCACAGUUGCGUGUGGGCGGGGCUUGGAGAGCACCAGCCUGGUGGUGAUGUUGGGGAGAAUCCGCUCUGGACAUCACUGCUCCCUGGGAUUACACUCAAUGAGUUUGCUAUAAACAGCUUGACUUACGUAACGGCGAGUAAUUCAUUUAGUGCACCUCCUGUGUGAGUGGACUCGUAAAUUGCUAGAGCGGACUUAUUAAAAUACAUUUUUCUGGAGCAGACCGCUAUUGAAUUUAACAUUUUUCCCCCCUCAUAGGUGUUGUAAGUGCGGUCGCUAAGCAGGAUAACUUGAGUGAAUUAGAGAGCGCUCAUUAUGUCAGUGGUAGGCAUUGAUGUGGGUUUCCAAAAUUGUUACAUCGCUGUGGCCAGGAGCGGCGGCAUUGAAACCGUUGCCAAUGAGUACAGUGACAGAUGCACACCGGCUUGUGUGUCUUUGGCCUCCAAAAACCGCAUGAUUGGAAAUGCAGCCAAGAGUCAAGUUAUUACAAACUUCAAAAAUACAGUCCACGGCUUCAAAAAGUUCCACGGCAGAUCAUUUGACGAUCCAUUCGUCCAAGCAGAAAAACUGAAACUGCCUUACAGCUUACACAAGCUGGCCAAUGGAAACACUGGAAUUAAGGUGCGUUAUUUGGACGAGGAUAAAGUGUUCACGGUGGAGCAGAUCACGGGGAUGCUGCUCACCAAGCUGAAGGAGACGUCAGAGAGCGCGCUGAAGAAGCCGGUGGUGGACUGUGUCAUCUCUGUCCCAAGUUUUUUCACAGAUGCUGAAAGACGGUCUGUGUUCGACGCGUCUCAAAUUGCAGGGUUGAACUGUUUACGGUUAAUUAAUGACACCACUGCAGUGGCAUUGGCUUAUGGCAUCUACAAACAAGACCUUCCCACUCCAGAAGAGAGGCCAAGAAAUGUGGUAUUUGUGGACAUGGGACAUUCCUCAUUCCAGGUCUCCAUCACUGCCUUUAACAAAGGCAAACUCAAGGUUCUUUCCACGGCGUUUGACCCUUAUCUCGGAGGACGCAAUUUUGACGAGACAAUGGUGGAUUACUUCUGCGAGGAGUUUAAGGGCAAGUACAAGCUCAACGUGCGGGACAACCCGAGGGCCGUGCUGCGGCUGUACCAGGAGUGCGAGAAACUGAAGAAGCUCAUGAGCGCCAACUCCUCGGACCUGCCUCUGAACAUCGAGUGCUUCAUGAAUGACAUCGAUGUUUCCAGCAGGAUGAACAGAACGCAGUUUGAGGACAUGUGUGCACAAUAUCUCAUGAGAGUGGAGAUGCCGCUGAAGACAGCCCUUGAACAAUCAAAAUUGAGCCGAGACGAUAUCUAUGCAGUGGAGAUAGUUGGAGGAGCAACAAGGAUGCCGGCUAUCAAAGACAGGAUCUCCAAGUUUUUCGGCAAAGAUGUCAGCACCACACUCAAUGCAGACGAAGCUGUAGCAAGAGGCUGUGCACUUCAGUGUGCAAUUUUGUCUCCAGCAUUUAAGGUUCGUGAAUUCUCCAUCACUGAUGUAGUUCCCUUCCCCAUUACUCUGCGCUGGAAGUCACCAACAGAGGAUGGAUUGGGGGAGUGCGAGGUGUUCAGCAAGAAUCAUGCUGCUCCGUUUUCCAAAGUGAUCACCUUCCACAAGAAGGAACCCUUUGACCUUGAAGCCUUCUACAGCAGCCCUCAAGAUCUCCCCUACCCCGACCACAGGAUAGGGUGCUUCUCAGUGCAGAACGUGGUCCCGCAGCCAGACGGAGACAGCUCUAAAGUGAAAGUCAAAGUGCGCGUCAACGUCCACGGCAUCUUCAGUGUGUCCAGCGCCUCUCUGAUUGAGAAGCAGAAAGGAGAAGGGGAGGACAUGCAGAUUGAGUCGGAGCCAAUGGUGCAGAAUGAAAGCAGAGCAGAGGAGCAGACCAAAAUGCAGGUGGACCAGGAAGGUCAAAGCCAGGGGGACCAGCAGACUGAGGACAACAGUAAGGAGGGGGCAGCUGGGGAAAAGCAAGAUCCGGCAGCAGGUGGAAGCAAGCCCAAAGUGAAGGUGAAGAGUAUCGAUCUUCCCAUCAUGGCCAACAACAUUCGACACCUCGACAGUGAACUCCUUACUAAUUUUGUUGAGUAUGAGCGACAGAUGAUUAUCCAGGACAAACUGGUGAAAGAGCAGAAUGAUGCUAAAAACGCUGUGGAGGAGUACGUGUAUGACCUGCGGGACAAACUUUGCGGGAUUUAUGAAAAGUACAUCACCGAGGAGGACAGUAGCCGGCUGACGCUGAUGCUGGAGGACACAGAGAACUGGUUGUAUGAGGACGGAGAGGACCAACCCAAACAAGUCUAUGAGGAGAAGCUAGAUGGACUUAAGAGGUCGGGUCAGCCCAUUCAGGACCGGCACAGAGAGCAUGAGGACAGGCCGAGGGCUUUUGAAGAGCUGGGAAAGAAACUGCAGCUCUACAUGAAGUUUGUAGAUUCCUACAAACAGAAGGAUGAGCGAUUCCUACAUUUGAGUGUAGAAGAAAUGAGCACCGUGGAGAAGUGUGUGACUGAAAGCAUGGGCUGGAUGAACAGCAGGAUGAAUGCUCAGAGCAAGCUUGCUAUAACUCAAGACCCAGUCGUUAAAGUAGCAGACAUCAUUGCCAAAAUACAGGAGCUGGAGGAUGUAUGUAACCCAGUAAUAAACCGGCCUAAGCCCACAGUGGAGGAGGCUCCCGAAGUGAAUGAUCAGAACAGUGGAGCUCACAAUGGCCCGACAGCUAAGCAAGGAGCAGAAGGGAAGGGAGACACAAAGGGAAGCCAGCAAACAAAACCUGGCACAAAAGAAAUGGAAGUGGACUGAGAUCCGUGUCUGACAAGAAAACCCUGCAGUCGUCACUGCGUUUACCAUCAUGCACCAUUUAGACAGUAGAAACAUCUAUACCUGGGACCAUUUCUCAAACCUCACCAGCCACUUUAGUAGGUUUGUUUUUGGUGUCCCCCAUCGGACUUUACCUUUUGAGGAUUUUGUUCUCACUCUUUCAUCCUUAUGUGUGACAACAGUGUGCUUUACUCUCUCUCUCUCUCAAAGGUUUGACAUACGUAAUAAAUUAAGGAUUGAUGCAAUAGAUACAACUCUGAUUCUGACAUAAAGCUGUUUCCUGUCCACCAAAAAGGAAGUUAAGGCCUUGUGUUUGCAUUUCAUGUGUCUCUUAUGCAUCAGGUAUCAGCACUAAAUUCUAUCAAUCAUAGAAAGAUCUGUCCAAAUAAACAGAACCAUUAGUUUGUAUGAAAUGAUACAAAUUAUAUAUAUUUGUAUUUAAUGAGUUUGGAGAGAUGUUUAGAAAAUGUAAAUAAUAUUUAGUAAAGAAAAGCAGCCAGCAUAUGAACAUUACGAACACAUUCCUAGUGUUACAGUGGAAAUGCUUGAUAUACCAAAUUUCUCUAGUGAUUGGUUACUUAUUUCCUCUUUUGUUUCUUGCAGUUUUUCCAUAUUUAAGUUAUGGGAUUUAAAAAUGGCAGAAAUAAACAUGUUUGUCUGUAAGACAAAAAA